UUCGGCCGUCAUCCUGUUGGUCGCCAGUUCCGGAAGGGCCGAACCGAACGAGGUAGCUAAUUAAUGACUAAUUAUUACUCCAGAUUGAUUCGUACACCACGCUCUUUCUCCUCUUUUGGUUACUCUCCGCAUAAUAAUAGCUUAAUGUAUCUAUGUAUAUAGGAUAGACGAGUUCACUGGAUUUUCUUGAAAUCCAACCGUUUCCUCCCCAUCACCUCCAACAUCGAUUCCAUUCUACACAUCACUGCAAGCCAGAGAACUUACCAACUCGCCCUCUUCCAUUACAAACAUGCUUGAAAAAGAGAACAUAGACACUCGAAUCCAAGAUGUCCUCAAAGAUACUUCUCGAUUAUCUGCAAACCUCGAAGAUCUCAACACUCCCAAUUUUGAAAUCGACACACUUCGUGAAUUAGGAAUAUGUCCCGUGCGAGUCGGAUUUACCGAACAGGACACUCUUGCAUUUGAACCAUGCUUCUUUUUGCCUCGAUUACCGUCAACUUUACUUUCUGACUAUCCUAUCGUUGAGAAUAAGCGGAACAAUGAAGGCGUGUUAGAGGAGGAGAAAAAAUUACGUGGUGAGAUUCUUAGCGAUUCAAGUUCAGAUUGUUCGGAUUGGUCUGAUAUCGGCAAUUGUAUGGUCGCUGUGAAUUACUCGUUUAUGUAUUUGCGAAGUGUUUCCUUGCACUUGAAUGCAAGCCGUGAUGGGAUUGGUGGGUUUGAUGAUGAUGAAGAAGAUGAUGAAGAAGACGAAGAAGAAGAAGAUGAUGAUGAAGAAAUGGAAGAAGAACAAGAUGACGAUGAAGAUGAAGAAGAAGACGAUAACGAAGACGAUGAUGAUAAGAUCGGAUCGUUCUGGAAUAUUGAAGCAAUGAAGCAUGGGGACGGAGGCUGCCUUUUCUGGGACUUUAAAGUCAAAGGUGGAGGUUGGAGAGUCGAUCAAUGCAGAAUUUCCAAGAGCUCUCCCCAUCGGAUAUUGUAUCUGGUUCAUGAUCACGAAGGAAAUGAUACAAGCCUUACUAGAGGUGAGGUGCUUGUCUUUUCCCAUCUAGGCAAAAAGGGAAGAAUUCUUCAGGCUCAUCAUGAUGGACAGAAAUUGAUAUUGCAAUAUUCACCACUAGUAAAUUUUGAGGAGGAGAGAUAUCCUGCAAUAGCACUCUUUAUUCGCUAUUUAACUUGUAACCUUGUCGGAUCAUCUGUGCGUACUUUGUCUAUUAGAUGAUGCUGGGCUAUGGCAUAUUAGUGGUAAUGCUGGAUAUUGCUAGGCUUCUUGAUAUAUAGGGUUGCUCUUAGAACUCAAAUUUCAGGGUGUUAUAGAAUAGGCAAGGGGGACGCCUGAGUUAGUUUAGAGACUCUCUAGUGGAAGGGGAGCAGACAGAAUAUUCAUGCGGAGCAAAUAGAUACUAU